ACCGGAAAGAGGCUGUCUGAAGUGGGGGAGGAGCCCAAAAGGGAUUGUGGGAGAAAGGCUCCUUCCUUUCCGUCUGCCGGCAGCCAUCAGGUAAGCCAGGAUGGGCGCGUACAAGUACAUCCAGGAGCUAUGGAGAAAGAAGCAGUCGGACGUGAUGCGCUUCCUCCUGCGGGUCCGCUGCUGGCAGUACCGCCAGCUCUCGGCGCUGCACAGGGCGCCGCGCCCCACGCGGCCCGACAAGGCGCGCAGGCUGGGCUACAAGGCCAAACAAGGUUAUGUCAUCUAUAGGAUUCGUGUGCGCCGUGGUGGCCGCAAGCGCCCGGUUCCCAAGGGUGCGACCUACGGCAAGCCUGUCCAUCAUGGCGUUAACCAGCUCAAGUUUGCACGAAGCCUUCAGUCUGUUGCCGAGGAACGAGCUGGGCGCCACUGUGGAGCUCUGAGAGUCCUGAAUUCUUACUGGGUUGGUGAAGAUUCCACAUACAAAUUCUUUGAGGUUAUCCUCAUUGAUCCAUUCCAUAAAGCCAUCAGAAGAAAUCCUGACACCCAGUGGAUCACCAAGCCAGUCCACAAGCACAGGGAAAUGCGUGGGCUGACAUCUGCAGGCCGCAAGAGUCGUGGCCUUGGAAAGGGUCACAAGUUCCACCACACUAUUGGUGGUUCUCGCCGUGCAGCCUGGAGAAGGCGCAAUACCCUCCAGCUGCACCGUUACCGCUAACUCAAGUAAUGUUUGUAAAAUUCAUACCUAAUAAACCAUUUAGGACAGUCAACGUCUGCUUAAAGGUGUUAUUUGUCUGUUAAACUAGUCUGCCAAUAAUUUCAUGAAUGCUUUGUCAAAUUAUGAAAGUUAAAAGUGCAAUAAUGUUUGAAGACUGGUGUAUCUUGUUUCUAAUAAGGUAAACUUUUACCUUAUUAGGGGAUUCAUGUGUCAGUGUUUAAAACAUGCUGUGUGGUAAAAUAGGUGUAAAAUAAACUCUUGAAAAGAGGAGUGUUGAAACUA